AUGAAUCCGGCAGAGGUGCUACAAUUAGUGGUUCUGGUGAGUCCUCUGGCCCCAUUCAUGGCGUUCUUCUAGAGUUAUUUGUUUUUGCUCGGCCUCAAGCCUGGCUUGGCUGUUCAUGUUGACAAUGGAUUGAUAGAUUCUGAAUUGGUGAAGGAAUGUGUUAACAACAACUCGGUUGAUCUGGUCUUGUUGUUGGAUGCCUCGGGGUCCGUGGGAGGUGACACUUUCCAACUCCAACUCAACUUUGCAUCUCAUCUUGCGAACAGAUUAAACGUUUCGGCCCAAGGAAGCCAUCUGGCUGUAAUUCAGUACUCGGAAACACCUCAACUCGAGAUCUCACUCAGUCAGUAUACCAACCCCAACCAGGUAAAACUUGAAAAAAAUAUUUUGGAUCGGCUGUACUGUGCAUUUAGUUGGAUUGGGCAAUUCAAAGAAUAAAAUAUCAAAGCGGCGCUACGAACACCGGCAAAGCCUUGCAAUUGGCCCUGGAGAAUGGAUUCCAAGGGGCUAGAGGGGGACAUGUCCCCAAGGUUGUGAUCGUUGUCACUGAUGGCCAAUCUCAAGAUGAUGUGGCUGAAGCUGCUCAACGAUUGAAGGACGCCCAUGUGAUGGUAUAUGCAAUUGGUGUCACGAAUCUUGUAAAUGUCCAUCAGCUUCAUCAAGUAGGGAAAUUCUGGACGAUUUUAUAAGACUUUAGAUAACUGGGAAUGCCCUGAGGGUAUUUACCGUGGAGUCUUUUGAACAACUCGACAAGUCACUGGCCGAUUCUUUGACAUGGGACAUGUGCAAGACUGAAUUCAGUAUGUUUGAUUUAUUUUUAAAGUCAAUAAUUCGUGAGAUAAUUUUUGGUUAAUGAAAAAAAGUCAAUAUUCUUUGUUGUGGAGAGUUUUAUAUCAUCGUGCAUGUAUUUGCAGGGCCCGGAACCCCGGAUAUUAUCUGUGCUCCAGAUAGGAUUGGAGUGAGGGCGUCGACCAAGAAACCGUUUGAUGGCUACGUCUUCGUCGCCGACCAUUUCCAUCAAGAAGAAUGCCGAGCAGGGCCAGAACAAUUCUCCGACUCCAAGAGUAUCGGAAUAACCAUUCCAUUCAACAAUUGCAAUGUGCACCGGUAUCGUUCGGUGAGCAUUUUUUGAUGGAAUCCUUUGACGUCAUUUCCAUUCCCGAUUCCUGUUCAAAAUAUUUUGUUUUCAGUUAAAUCCCCGCGGCAUUUUCGUCGAGAUGACAGUCGUGUUUAUGUUCCAUUCAGUGUUUAUGACCAAAGUAGAUCAGAUGGUGAAAAUCCAAUGCUUCUACAUGGAGGCUGAGAAACCAGUUUCUGUCCCCAUGGAAGUGAGGUAAGAAUAAUUCGGGAACGAGUCGAGAUUCUCCUCUCUCUUCGAAACUCGUUUGAUCUCUUUGGUUCCAGCAUGAUUACCACCCAAUUUCGAGAAAAGGUCUACCAAAUGCCAGUCUGUGAGUACACCUUGAGGAAAGACCACCCUAAUGGCCCCAUUGUUCAAUAUGCCACUCUUGGCCAGAGUGUGUACCAUAGAUGGGAAUGCAUAGAAGAGAAUAAUAAGGACACUUUUGGAAUGUUGGUACACUCUUGUUACGUGGAUAACGGUUUCGGAGAUCGAGUGGAUAUAAUCGAUGCCAAUGGGUAACUGAGCUCAGAUUAAUUUCUGAUCACUUAAUCUAUUUAGAUGUGGUCUUGAUGCAGUUUUACUUUCAACUCCCGAUUACGACCAGUCUUUGCGGUUGGCUCACAAACCGUAUCACGUCUUCAAAUACGCGGACCGGCCGGUUCUCCAAUUCCAAUGUCAACUAACACUAUGUCUGAAAUACGAUGGAGGUUGUGCAGGCAUAACUCCACCCAAAUGUCCUGAAACGCAAGCCCAUUCUCAUAUCCACGAUCAUCAACGUCGUCGGAAAUCGAAGAGAGAUCUGGUCCCCGGGCCGAGGUAUGAUCCGGCCGAUACUUUGGAUGUGUUCACAAAGCCCUUGAUGGUGGUGGAUGACAACUUUGCCAAGCUGGCCGAUUGUCCUGUCCAGAUCUCGGAACGGAGGUCUGAAUGGACAAUGGUGAUCAGUUUGGUGGGGGUGACCCUGAUCAACCUGUUACUCAUGAGUAUCACCAUCCUCUUCUGGUGCAAACGGCGUUUUGUGAGGACACUCGAGCUGAAAACUUAG